GGAGGGAUGGAGCUCGACAGGUCAACUCUGGCACCCGCACUUUGUGUCAAAUGUCGGGUUCCAGAAGGUCUCUGGCGUUCGUUUGAACUGCGCGAGAUGGUCGUCACACUUGGCCACGAGCAGGGACGACGACGACGUACGCCAACACCCUCGGCCGGAUAGCCAGCCGCCCGUUCCCUCCGCCGCCGCCGCCAAAGCGGGCAAGUCGGACUGCCUUUGACUGACGGGAGAAGGAGGAUGCGAUGAUGACACACGAGACAAAGGCGAUUGUCCAGAUCCCACCCCUACCAGCCAGCCGGGCUACCUCCUCCCCAGCCGCCACAACGGAGACCAAGCUCCUGCCAGAACCCAAUCUCGACGAUCCCCUCACGAUGCUGUUCUUGGCACUUCUCCUACAGUGGGGUGCCCGCUCUUGGAAGAGGCAAGGCCAGUGGAAGUGUCCUCUGGCGCCUCCCCCGCAGCAAGGCUGGCCGGCUGCCGCACUAAUUAUACGUUUACUGUACUUCGCACCUCUCACGGCCAAGUACUGCCCUGGUGAGGCCAGGCCCUGAAUCUCGGGCUGCAGGCUGCCCGAUCCAGGCUGCAAACAUGAGAUAGGUAUCUUGGAAAAGGGGCAGGAUACGGUAGGGGCAGAGGCUGCAUGGCCUUGUAGAUGCGGCCGCUUGCUGUGCGUGUGAGUGCCCGAGCCCGUGGGGUACACGGUCAAAGGCCCGGUGGGAAAGAACGUCGCUCCUUCUAUCGUUACUUCCGCUUUCCGCUUUACCCGUGGUUAGCCACAGAGCAUCGUCGUUUCUUGUCGUUCGCUCCUGCCUUCAAGUCUUGGCUCGCCCUCAAAUACAGCCCGGCCCAGCCUCCUCCCUCUACUCCACCCUCUCUCUUCCUUCCCUCUUCCUCUCACCACCAGGCCUCACUCGCCUCUCCAGACCCAAACCUUUCCGUUUCUGCAACGCGUUCAGGAGUACCAAGCUACGCUCGGUACCUCGUCUUGCACUUCGUUCCCUCUCGUACUCCAGGUUCCCGCAAAACAUCCCCCCCAGCGUCCUCGCUCGCGUACCAAGCCCGCACGGCGGCUCGCGCAUACACGUUCGAUGGGAGAAACUGUCGAUUCUAGUACGAAUGGUGCACAACACGCCAGCUCCUCUGCGAACUCGUCGGCCCUUGGCGGCGCCGGCCAGGACGACCAGCCUCCUAUAGCGGAGCCCAAGCCGCCCGACAUAGUAUACAGCACCGUAGAUGAAAAGUCAUUCGCAGCUCCAGCCAUAGCAAGGCCGGCCUGCUCGCACACCUUCUCGGCGCAGGACAUCGCCGACCGCCUCGGCACUGACGCCGAACAUGGUCUGAGUCCCGACGAGGCCGCCGCCCGGCUUGCCUGGGACGGCCCGAACGCCAUUGCAGGGGCCAAGGGGCCUUCCCUCUGGGAGCUCUUUGUCCAGCAGGUCGCCAAUGCCCUGACCGUUGUUCUCAUCGCCGUCGCCGGCCUUUCGUUUGCAAUUAGCGACUACAUCGAGGCCGGCGUCGUCGUCUUUGUCAUCGUUUUGAACAUUGUUGUUGGACUUUGGCAAGACUUCAAGGCAGAACAGACUAUCCAGUCGCUCUACGCGCUCUCCACGCCAAAUUGCAAGGUCGUACGUGGAGGUCGCGACGAGACCAUCAAGGCCGAGACACUUGUCAAAGGCGAUCUCGUCUCGCUGGUGACUGGCGAUGUUAUCCCCGCCGACCUGCGCCUCGUACAGGGCAUCAACAUCUCUACCGACGAGUCUCAUUUAACGGGCGAAUCCGUGGCCAUCAGCAAGAAGCCCGAUGCCGUUUUCACGGAUCCCGACAUGCCUGUGGGUGACCGCGUCAAUCUCGCCUUCUCCGGCAGUUCUGUUACUCGCGGUCGCGCCACCGGCAUCGUCAUCGCAACUGGAAUGGAGACCGAGGUCGGCCAAAUCGCAGAGAUGCUGCGCAAGAAGAAAAAAGAGAAGGACGGUAACAACCCCGCGUUCAAAGCGUUGUAUAGCGUCUACCAGACUCUUCGUAACUUGCUUGGUUUGGAGGGCACUCCUCUGCAGGUCACGCUUAGCAAGUUUGCCCUGCUUCUCUUCGGGCUCGCCGUGCUGUUGGCCGUCGUCGUCUUCAGUGUCAGCCUUUGGCACAUUACCGACGAUAUUCUUUUGUAUGGAAUAUGCGUUGGUGUUGCCGUGAUCCCCGAGUCGCUGCUGGCCGUCUUGACGGUUACCAUGGCCGUUGCCACCAGAGCCAUGGUUAAGGGGCAUGUCAUAGUGCGACAGAUGCCCUCCCUCGAGGCCGUCGGCGGUGUCACCAACAUCUGCUCGGACAAGACGGGAACACUCACCCAAGGGCGAAUGAUUACACGCAAGGUGUGGCUGCGAGACGACCUGACCGGUUCCGUCAAGGACACCAGCGACCCCUACGACCCGGGCAGCGGCACCGUUUCCUGGUCCGGACCCCUCGCCGAUAGCAUUCUCGACGCGUUUCUCACUACUUUGACGCUGUGCAACAACGCAGCGGUCACGGAUGGCAAAAAAGAGCCCGAGACAGACUCUAGCAGUGUCACAACGGCCAUGGAGCCCGCGGUUUGGAAGGCAAUCGGCGAGCCCACCGAGAUUGCCCUCAAAGUGUUCGCCAUGCGGUAUGGCCGAUAUAAGACGUCCACUGACAGCCUGAUCGCGGAACACCCUUUCGACUCUUCUUGCAAGCUCAUGAGUGUCGUAUACGGAAGCCCCCUUGACAUUGAGCGCAAGGUACACACCAAGGGUGCUGUCGAGGUCAUGCUUCCGAGGCUCGAUGAGAGCAGUGCACUAAAGAAGAGGAUACACGACAAAGCCGAGGAACUCGCCUCCCACGGGUUGCGCGUGCUCUGCAUAGCCGACAAGCUGAUGCAGGGAACUCCCGCGGACUUUGAGGACAGAGCCAAAGUCGAGUCUAACCUGCGCUUUCUCGGCCUGGCUGGUCUUUACGAUCCGCCACGUCCCGAGACUGCUGGAGCCGUGCGUCAAUGUCGAGAAGCGGGGGUCACCGUUCAUAUGGUGACUGGAGAUCACAUCAAGACGGCCACGGCCAUAGCAUACGAAGUGGGCAUCUUGUCGAAGCAUGCUCCCCUCGCACUAAAUACAGUCAUGUCCGCGUCCGACUUUGGCGCGUUGACCGACGAGGAAAUUGAUGCCAUGGACGCGCUCCCGAUCGUCAUCGCGCGAUGCAGUCCCUUGACAAAAGUUAGGGUUAUCCAAGCACUACAUCGUCGUGGUGCAUUUUGUAUCAUGACAGGCGACGGAGUCAAUGACUCGCCAGCGCUUAAGCAGGCAGAUGUCGGCAUCGCCAUGGGAGACCGCGGCAGUGACGUCGCCAAGGAGGCGUCGGACAUGGUGCUGACAGACGACAACUUCGCCUCAAUCGUGACAGGCAUCAAGGAGGGUCGGCGGCUUGCCGACAAUAUCCAGAAAUUCCUGUUACACCUGCUCACGUCCAACUUGGCCCAGGUCAUAUUACUUCUUAUUGGUCUCGCAUUCAAGGAUGACGAAGGUGUGCCUGUGUUUCCCUUAUCUCCGCUGGAGAUCCUAUGGGCCAACCUCGUCACGUCGUCCCCACUUGCGCUUGGUCUUGGUCUCGAGGAAGCUCAGCUGGAUAUCCUCCAGCGACAGCCUCGACCACUCAAGUUUGGCGUGUUCACCCUAGAGUUGGUGCGCGACCAGCUCGUGUACGGAACUUUUAUGGGGUCAUUGUGCCUUGCAGCCUUCAUGCUCGUUGCCUACGCGGCUUCGGGCUAUGGAUUCCACCCCCUUCCACAUGGCUGCAAUGACGGCACAGCAGUUGGAGUCUGCUCUGAUGUGUACCGCGCUCGCGCUACCACGUUUGCGACGCUGAGUUUUCUUCUCCUGAUCACUGCAUGGGAAGUAAAGCACUUUCGACGAAGCCUCUUUGCUAUGGACGAGCGGUGGUCGGGGCCCUUUUCGAUAUUCAAAACUGUCUACCACAACCGCGUCCUGUUCUGGGCCGUUGCUGGUGGGUUUGUUCUCACGUUCCCCUUGGUAUACAUUCCUGGUUUGAACACAAUUGUGUUCAAGCACCAGGGCCUGUCCUGGGAAUGGGGCGUGGUGUUUGGCUGCGUUGUGGUUUACGUCGCCCUUAUUGAGGGUUGGAAGGCGGUCAAGAGGAGCAUGCGGUUGGGCGAGGACUGGCGCUGGGCAAGGAAGGGUGCGGACAACGUCUAGUUGCUGACCUGCCAGUUCAAGCCUCAGUGGGCAAUGGCAGGGGAGUGCGGAGGAGAAGACUAUCGUGAAGCAUACAGGUUGCUAGGUGGUGGAGUGGAUGCGGGGACAGGUUUUAGGAUAUUGGAUCUUACAGUAACAAUGUCUAGCUAGCAUGCGUACUAUUAGUAUCCUCGAGCAAAUGAAUUUUCCUGUCC